AUGGCACGCCUGAGCUUCUUGCUCGUCGGUGCCCUCACAGCUCUCAGCGGCUUCGCCAACGCAAGCUCCGCGGUCAAAGACCUGAUCCCCUCCAACUUCGAUGAUGUCGUCCUGAAGUCCGGCAAGCCUGCACUGGUUGAGUUCUUCGCUCCCUGGUGUGGCCACUGCAAGACCCUUGCUCCAGUCUACGAGGAGCUCGCCCAGACCUUCGCUUUCGCCGAAGACAAGGUCACUAUCGCCAAGGUCGAUGCCGACGAGAACCGCUCGUUGGGCAAGCGCUUCGGUGUCCAGGGAUUCCCUACCGUGAAGUGGUUCGAUGGCAAGAGCGAUAAGCCCGAGGAGUACAGUGGUGGCCGUGAUAUCGAGAGUCUCUCCGCCUUCAUCACCGAGAAGACCGGCAUCAAGCCCCGUUCCGCCCAGAAAGAGGUCAGCAACGUUGAGUACCUCAACGACGUCUCUUUCAAGACCACCGUUGGCGCCGACAAGGAUGUUCUGGUCGCUUUCACUGCCCCGUGGUGUGGACACUGCAAGAGCCUCGCCCCCACCUGGGAGUCCCUCGCCAAUGACUACGCCCGCGAGUCCAACGUCGUUAUCGCCAAGGUCGAUGCCGAAGCCGAGAACGCCCGUGCCCUGACCAAGGAACAGGGCGUCACCGGAUACCCUACCAUCAAGUUCUUCCCCAAGGGCUCCACCGAGCCCGAGAACUACUCCGGCGCUCGCUCCGAGGAGGCCUUCGUCAAGUUCAUUAACCAGAAGGCUGGCACUCACCGUGCCGCUGGUGGUGGCCUUGACGCCGUGGCCGGUACCAUCGCCGCGCUGGACAAGAUUGUGUCUGAGCACGUUGCGGCUCAGAAGCUUGACAAGCUUGCUGUUGAGGUCAAGAAGGCUGCUAAGGGUCUUGAGGACAAGUACGCUGAGUACUAUGUUAAGGCUGCCGAAAAGCUCAGCAAGAACGAGGGCUACGCCGCCAAGGAGAUCACUCGUCUCCAGAAGAUCCUGGCUAAGGGUGGCUCUGCCCCUGAGAAGCUGGAUGACAUUGUCUCCCGUAGCAACAUCCUCAGCCGCUUUGUCGGUGAUGUUAAGCACGAUGAGCUUUAA